AUGGGAUCAAGUUCAAGCACAAUCCCUGGCAGUGCAGAGGAAGAUGCUAGGCAGUUCUCUCACUUUCCUCCAAAAGAUAUUCAAGAAUGGUCUUCUUCAUUCAAAUCAGUGUUCCCAACCGGCUAUAUGACAUCAGAUGAUCUGGAAACGAUCUUCAGGGACUUCUUUCCCUUUGGUUCUCCCACAAACUUCUCCAAGAGGCUUUUUGAAACCAUCAACAUAAGCCAGUCUGAAGCUAUUGAUUUCCAUGAACUGUUGAUAGCAUACAGUAUACUGAUUAAGGGGAGUGACCAUGAAAAGCUGCGUUGGAUAUUCAGAUUCUAUGACAAGGACAACGACGGUGUUGUAUCCAAAAAGGAAAUAGUCGAGGUUAUUCAAUAUCUUGCUGACAUGACAUCACACACACUCGAUGUCUCGAUAGAUUCCGAAGGAAUAGCUGACGAGAUCUUUGCUUCCGUUGGAACCGUCAAGAGCUUCCUCACUUUCGAGGACUUCAAGGUACUCUCCGUAAGAAAUGAAAAGCUAUUUAAAAUGCUAGUUCCAUUCUCUAGCUAA